CAAAUUCCCCCCCCCCUCUAAACCUCGCACCAUUGCUCUUUCUCUCCCUUCUAAUUGCUCAAUAAACCUACUGUUUCGUUCUCUGAUUUCAUCAUCUUUUCUGAGAACUUGAAUGGCGGACGAUGCUACUACUGCUCCUUUCAAUGGUACCAUAGGGAACCAAUUUGAAAGCUUCCGAAGCCAACUUGAUGAAUCCGGCAACUUGCGGGAUAGAAUUCGUAAUAUUGCCCUUCAAAUUGAGUCCGUCACUAGAAUAAUGCUCGCCAAUCUUCUUCUUGUUCAUCAACCUCGUUCCAUAUCUGAGGUGUUAGAGAAGGCUAGGUCACAUAUAGGUGUGCUUCAGGAGCAUUAUAAUCAGCUUUCUGGGAUCGUUCAAGAGUGUCCUGGUCAGUACUACAGAUACCAUAAUGAUUGGAGGUGUGAAACGCAAACUGCAGUAUCUCUGCUUGCGUUUAUGCAUUGGUUAGAGACUGGAAAUCUUCUUCUGCAUCCUGAAGUAGAAGAGAAACUUGGAUUAAAUGAGCUGAACUUUGGUCUCGACAUCGAAGACUAUCUAGUAGGAAUCUGUUUCAUGUCCAAUGAACUGCCUAGAUAUGUGGUCAAUAGGGUGACAUAUGGAGACUAUGAUUCUCCGAGAGAGGCUUUGAACCUCUUGACUGGACUUCAUGCAGCCUUUCGAACGCUAAACCUUCAGAAUGACUUUUUACGAAAAAAGUUUGAUGGUAUGAAGUAUGACUUGAAAAGAGUGGAAGAAGUUUACUAUGAUGUGAAGAUACGAGGCUUGAUAGAUAAUGCUGGUUCUAAAGCACAUCAGUGAAGCUGUGGAUGACCUUAGGCUGGGAAUUUCUGUGAGGUAUCUCUUAUUAUAAUCCAUGCAUGUUGUAGGCCAUUAAUGUUAUUUUCUGUAGGAAAAAUGGGAUAAAUGUAAUUAGUGAAAAAACUGAUGGUGAAAGGUGAAGAUACAAAAUUUGUGCGCCGACUUUUAUGUAUGAAAUUUAGGAAGAAUCGAGAAUUGAUCGCACAUCAGCCUUAUGAGAAUCGUAGUUGCAUGUGCACAUUUAGUUAUUAUUUCCUCUUCUCUUUAGUGGGUUUUUGGGGGUUAAACUUAACAUUUAUUUACUCUCACCAAGAGGUUAACGAUGAGAAUUGUACACAUCGCUUGUGACUGGGGUAGUUUUGGGGUCGAUUCACCAAAUCCUGUAAAUCACUGCUCCCGUUUUGGCGAUCUUGUUGGGGGUCAUGGUUAACCAUGUGAGUUUUGUAUGUGGUUCUUGUAACAAGGCAUAUUUUAGUUGGUGGUUAACCGCUAAUUCAUUAUCGGUAUGAUUAUCUGUAGCUAAGCCAGUUACAUCAUAAGCGGUAAAUUGAUGGUUCGGUACAGUUAAAUAGCUGACCCUGAACCGCUUCAAGGCUUGGUUCGAAACUGUAUUGAAAUGUGAAGAGAAAAAAGGAGGAAAGUUGAUGAAAAUUUUGGAUCCACCUUUAUUAAAUUGAUGAAUUAGGUUUGGGUACAAAUUGUAGGAUUAGGUGGUUUAAGAUUUUAGCGUAUGAUUAGGGAAACUUGCAGCUUCGAGACUUGUGUAAUUGUAAUGAAAUAGAAAUACAAAUAUAAGUACAUUUGCCAAAAUUGUUUUCUGGACAGAUUUUUCUUAUUUUUUUUCCUUUCAUUAAACUUAUUUACAAUAUUCAGUUUUUUUUUUUUAUAGAAAUUAUUUUGUAUUAAAAUGGACUAAUAUAUUGAUUUUAAGGCUUUAAUAAAGAAAUAUUAACUUAAAAUAUAAUGAUUCCUACUAAAAAUGAUGAUGUGAAAUUAAUAAAGUUGACAAAAUUAAGAAAACAAAUUAAAAUAAUACGGGUUUGUGUUGCGAUUGGAUUUGAUGCAAUCAUUUACGUGUUGAAUUUUUAGGUUGCGUUAAAAUUUUUGGGAAAUGACCUAAUAUUUUAGAGUUCAGAUCAAGUGAAAAAUUAUUAGGUCUAAAUUUAAGUAGCAAUAUUAUAAAAACAUAUCCUUAAAAUGGUUUUCAAUUGGGGAAGUAUCUGAAAUGAUUUGGUUACUUCUGAACCAAUUUGUUUGUUUUCUUCUAUUUGUUUGCACACUUGAAUUUGAUUGUUGGUAAUGUUCUUUAGUGUCCUUUUUAUGGAGUUAUUUAUAGUUGACGUUUUUUUUCUUAUUAGUUUAGUAAUAAUUUAUUUGUAAAAAUAAAUUUAGAGCAUUGAAGGGGAAUUGGGAAUUGGGAAUUUAUCUCUUUCUUUUUAAAAUCUUUUUAAGUUUCAAGUUUUUAUAUUUCUUAUCAAUUUAUAACACUUCUUCAAAUAAUUUAAAAUUGUUCAAAAAGAAGUUAAAUUAAUAUCUCAUGAAUAACAUUAGAGUUUUAGUUUAGUUAAUUGCUAUGUAAUGAUAGUCCCGAAGAUGGCGGAUUUCGAAUAAUUUUGAGUGGAAUCAAAGUUAAUAGGAGCAUAAACUAAAUGAUUAUUAAAGCAUAUUUUAGAAAGCUAAAUAAUAAUUUUGAGGGCUAUUUUGAUGAAAAUUUCUUAAUUGAUUGGCUACCAUUUAGUCUAAUUUGAGGGCUUGACUUUCCUUAAACUUAUAUCGAUAGGGACAUUGUCUAUAUACAUUUAGGUUUCCUAUGUUCAAACUUUUUAAACAUAUGUUUUAAAUUCUAGAAAGAUAGAUAAAAUAAGCUUACUAUAAAAAAAAUUCCUAAAAUAAGACUUGGGAAAUUUUAAUUCCUAAAAUAAGCAUUUUUGUAUAUGAGUCUAAGAUUAGGUAUAUUCGUUGUUACUAAUAGCAAACAAAGAAACUGGUCAAAAAAAGUCAAAAUUCUGUGAUCGUUAUUACUAAUAACGAAUAAAAUGAAGGCAAUGUCAUAGCGUUAGAAGGGACGAAAAAAGUUAAAACAUGUUCGUUCACCAGCUGUUAUAACAAUGAACAUACCUGACUUUAGUUUGGAAUGAAGAUCCUCAUUUACUUGUUUUGAAGAUUAAAAUUUUCUAAAGCUUAUUUUAAAUUUUUUUUGAUAAUAAAUUUAUUUUUUUUCAAAUUUUCGCAAAUUCUAUGAAACGGAAGUAGUUGGCUUAUUCGAAAUCUAAUGACUCAUUUUUAUCCAAGCAAUUAUAAACGUACUAUUGGAUGAUAUCUUAGCUUUUGACCUGGGAUUAGUUAUUGAUUAGAUAUAGAUUUGAUGUACAAAUCUUGCCAAUUUAAUGAUGUGAGACUAGAUUCUAAUGUUAUGUAUCAUUGUUAAUAAUUUAUCUCUAUGAAUACAUUUCAUUGAUUGCGUAGACUUUCUAGGGACCUCUGAUUUGAAGGUUGACUCACUUGCAUAAGUAUUUAAUAUGUAUUGUCGUUCAUUUGUCUUUUUCUUUAUUUUGAUUGAUUUUGUUAUAUUUUUAUUUGUGGAUAUUCAUCCUCAUUUUCUCAAAAUUUACACACAUUAUUAAAAGUUAUAGUUUUAUUUUUCACUAAUCAACUUAAAAAUGAUUUUCUAAAACCAUAUAAAUUUAACAAACUAAGAGAAAUAAAUAAAUAAUGUAUAACGUGUUAAUGUAUGAACUCAAACUCAAUCAAACAUUUAUGUAGGUGGUCUUAGCUUCUUGUCAUCUUAUAUGUAUAUAUAUUAUGACUGUAUGAGAAUCUUUUGAGAUAGAACUGUAAAUAGGGCUGAACACGGUUUGGUCUAAACCGUAAAUUAAAUAUUUGGUCUGGUCUACGGUCUAAAUGGUUUGGUCCGGUUUUUUUUAAAAAAAACGGUUUACGGUCCGGUCCCGGUUUUUAAAUUUUCAAACCAAAUCGGACCGGAAAACCGUAAUAAAAUCAAAUUUUAGGGGAUUAGGGCAACUACUCGUGAACUCCUGCUGGCUGCCUCCAUCUCCAUUUCCAAAAUCGUGACAUUCUCCUCUCUUCCUCGCCUCCUCUCUCAUUCCUCGCCUCCUCUCUAAUUCCUCGCCUCCUUCGAGGCUUCAACUCUUUGAGCUUCAAGCCUUCAACCCAUCGACAGUCGACAGUGCUUCUGUGCUUCUUCGAGGCUUCGACGCUCCUCCUCCAAUCACAUACAAAUUAAAAGAGGAUAUCAUCAAGCCUGAAUCUUCAUUACAAGAUCAGGUAGCGCAUUAUUGGGAGCCAUUAUGUUCAUCAGAUGAAAAGUGGAAUGAGAGAUCAAUUCUACCAGAAAUCUGAAUAUUGAUACCAGAAAUCUGGAAAAUGAUAAUCAAUUCUACCAUUAAAGAAAAAUUAGGAAUCAAGUUAUAAAGAACAAGAAUUUACCCAGUUUUCAUGAUCAGACAUACCUUAAGUUUUGGGUGAAUGGCCUUAAUUUGUGAUGUUUCGGAUUUGAUGAUGUAUUUUGUUUACAGAUUAUCGUUUAUUUUAGAUUCUCACUCAAUUAAAAAAAUACAAAAAAAAAAAACCGUAGACCAGACCAGACCGUUCUGGUCUGGUCUGGUCUGAAAAUUUUCCAGACCGGAAUUUCUGGUCUGGUCUGAUUUUUCUGUCAAACCAGACCAGACCGGACCGUGUGCAACCCUAACUGCAAAUGCAUUAUAAAAAUUUUCUAUAUCUAGGUAUAGCAUAUUUUAGUAUUUUACCAUACUAUUAUAUCUUAAAAAGCUUGCAUAUAGAGAGGGUCUGGGAUAGAAAAUAAACGGUUCAUACAUAUAUCUCCGCUAAAGAGACUCAAAAAACAUAGGGCCUUCUAAUAUAAGGGGUGGCUAGUGGGAAGUUGUUAGAAUAAAAAAUUAAUGAAUACAACAAAAUUUAUAAAUAAUAAAUAAACGAUUAAAAGAAGCAUAAGUAAAAAUAAAAUCAUAAAUAUAGAUGAAUGAGAUUUGAAAUCGUAACAUUCUUAUAUUGGCUUUCCAUACAAUAUAAGUAUAAAAUACUCUAUGUUCUUUUUUGUUUUUCUUGUUUACUUUUACAUAUAUUUUAAAGUAAAUUUUGAGCUUAAUAUCUCUAAAUACACAUCAUAAAAAGUUAUAAAAAAUAUAUAGUAAAGAAGUAUACAUUAAAAUAAAUCUAAUGUGGUCCUAUAUAAAUAUAUUUUAUCAUCUAUAUAUAUCUUAAAAAUCUUAAUCAAAUUUCUUCUUUUAAAAUAAAAUAUUUUAAACAGGAAAGAAUAUAGAAAAUAAAGGAAGUAUAAAGGAAAUAAUAAUAGUGAUUGUAAUUCUAAAACAUCUUUUACUUUUAGUUUCCUAGAGAUUUAUGUACCAAAGCAGCUCCCCACUGGCCAGUGGCCACUUGUAGUCUCGUAGAAGUAUUUCAAUUCAAAGGAGGUGCGUGUCAUAUCUUUGAUGGACUGGAUAAGGGUCAGAUCGGAUUUAAGUAAAAUUGGACCGAUCUGGAUAAGGGUCCUUUAAAAUUAAUAUGGGCUUUAAAUGGGACGGGUUUCAAAGCCCAACCCGGCCUAUUUUUACUACUAUAAAUUAUUGUAAUCGUCAUUUAUCAAUUUAUAACAAUUAAAUUAUCAUUUAUAAUUAAAUUGAAAAAAUAUUAAUUUUAUUGACAAUGUCAUUUAUAAUAUGUAAAUUAUACAUUAAUUAUGCUAUUUACAAAGGCUCGUUUUCGGCCCUUAUUGAGCCGUUUUAUAACCCGCUUCAUUUUAAAUAUGGUAUAACUCGUUUUUGACCCGGCCUAUUUUUUACCCAACUCUUACAAAGCUCUUCUAAAAACGGGCUAGAUAAGGGCUAAAAAUAGAAGCCCGACCCAUUAAACACCUCUAGUCAUAUCAUAGAAGUGUUAAAUACCAACAACCCAUCACAAGUCACAACCGACUAACAAAUGCAUGACUUGUAGACUUGUAGUAGUUAGCAUCAUCUAUUUUCUAAUUAUUUUUUUUAGCUUAUACAUUCAUAUUUUUGUAAAAAAAAUUAUUCCCAAUAACUUAAUAAGAGAUUUUUUUGUAGGAAAAUAAGAAAAAAUGUUAAAUAAUCAAAUAAUAUUUUUUGUUAAGUUUAAAUGUUUAAUUUUAAUAGGUUUUAAAUUUUCUUUCCUAUAUGUAGAUUUUGGCCUCUUUAAUUGGAGUAUGUUGUAACCUUUUAAUUCUCACUCGUAUAAGGCUAUAAUACAACUUAGUUUGACUUUUUCAUCCAUUUUACCUAGUAGCAGCUUUGUCAUCACUUAAAUGUCACUCAUAUUAUCUUUAUUAACAUUUUCUUAAACUUGUAAACUAAAAUAAAAAUUAAAAAAAUUUCGAAUAUAUAAUCUUCUAUCAUUUUUAUCAUAAUGACUAUAAUAUUAUAUUAUAUAAUCUCUCAAAUACUUAUAUUGAUAAUUCAGAGUCUCAUAAUGUUACACAAUCUAUCAUUUCCAACAAAUCUACUAUGAAAGUCUUUUAAAACAAUUAUUUUUUCUUGUAUGAGGAAGACUCAUUUAUGGUCGUGGUGAUCCUCAUCCUCACGACUAUCCAACAAAUCGUCAACCUCACGCAAGAGAACUCUUCACAAAAGCUUUAGAAGCAAGUAAAUUCCCAACCGUUGAAGAUGUAUCUUCAAUGUUCCAAGUGGACAAGUCUAGUCUUGUCAUAUGAUCGUAGCUUUUAAUUUUUUUACGUACUCUAAUAUAUUAACUUAUUUUUUAAUAUUUUUAAUUAUGUAUAAUAAAAAAUUAUAAAUAUCUAA